CCCCUGUUUCAUGUCGGACAUGUUUGAUGGAUACACCGGUAAAGUGUAGGCGGAAUAUUCCGCCUGUUUGCUGCAAUAACGUAUGGGAUGUUUUAAAGCCAUUUGACCGCCAGUCGGGUACAUAAAGCAGGUUUCUACCAGGAGCAGAAUUCAGGCGAUGUUUGGCAGCUGAACUUGUGCCAUGGCUGGACCUGUCAGUUUGGAGUUGGACCCCAUCUUCCUAAAGGGGCUGAGUUACCUUCAUUCCAAGAGUAAAGAUUCAGCCGAAAAGCUCAAAGCUCUUCUAGAUGAGUCGCUUGCAAGAGGAAGCGAUUCUUCUUACCGCUCGUCCCUAAAAGAUUUGGAAGUGUCCAAAGGGUCUUUGUCAAAACUUAGCUUAAAUAAACAAGACUCCAAGUCCUCCUCCAGUUCCUCAUCCUCCAGCAUCAGCAGCAAAUCCAGCUCUGAAAAGAGUAAGAAAGACGGAGACAGAAGAUCUUCUGAAAAGGCCAGGGUUGACUCGAGUGACGUUGACCCCCCGAAAAAGCCUCGUUUAGAGAAACAGGAGAACCGUUCGUCGCCGGUUACCGUGCAGACGAGCAAGGACCUCUUGACGAACAUCAGCGACUAUGAUGAGACCAGCGCUGAUGACUUUGCCAUGGAGAUGGGCCUGGCGUGUGUGGUUUGUAGACAAAUGACCGUGUCCAUGGGAAAUCAGUUGGUAGAGUGCCAGGAAUGCCAUAACUUGUACCACCAGGACUGCCACAAGCCCCAAGUAACAGACAAAGAGGUCAAUGAUCCCAGGCUGGUGUGGUAUUGUGCUCGUUGCACCAGACAAAUGAAGCGUAUGGCCCAAAAGCCUCCACAGAAGCCAUCCCCAGCCUCUGCCUCGUCAGCACCUGUUGUAAAAGACACACUGGUGAAGAAGACAGAACUGAAAACCAAGCCGGACACCGCAAGCACCUUCCAGGCCUUUAAACGGACCGAAGUCAAGACCUCCACAACGCCAUCCAAUCCCACCAGCAGCAACUCCUCCUCAUCAGGUAGCGGUCUAACAGGCUGGGCCGCAUUCGGCGCCAAAACAAGCCCAUCUCUUCCUGUCAGCUCCAAACUGAAUUCUUCGGGACCAAGUGGAAGCAACAAGGCCAUGACUACUCCCCCUGGCCAGAAACCACUUAGUCUUUCCGGGUUUGCCGGAGCCAAGUCUGGACUCGGGGCUGCGAAGAUUCCCGGGAGCGGCAACGGAAACGGCUCCAGCCAGGUCUCCCUAAAGCCACCGCCACUAACUCUGGGCAAACAGCCGCUGAACCGAUCAUCUAGCUGCGAGAGCCAGGGAAAGGGUUCUGCCUCGUCAGGGGCGAGCUCACCGAACAGCUCGCAGGCAAGUCCGGGAAGUAGUGGGACAGCGGGAAAUAAUAACGGAGGAGGUAAUGGGAACAACGGGAAUGGAUCAAAAGUUCCACCUGGUGAUAAAGCACAAACAUCCCAAGAGUCCCAGCUCAACGCCAUGAAGCGGUUACACCUGGUGAAAAAAAAGGCGGCACAGAAGAAGCUCAAGAAAUAAGCAUAGGUAGUAGAACCCCAUUUCCACCAAGUGGUACAGUUUGGCUCAGUUUGGUAAGGUAAGGUUUUUAGGGUUUCAUUGUUAAAUGUUGUGACUUGAGGUAACAAUACAACCUGUUCUUGAGGGUGAAGCAAGACGCUUUGCUGUCUUAAUUUGUUGAAGAAGUGAGAAUUGUCACUCAGUUGUGACAAUGGGAAUGGAAUGAUGAUAAGAAAAAAACGUUUUCUUUAUAUAGUAUGCAUCACUGUUGUUCCUCUUAUGUGUGGAAUUGAUAGGUGGGUUACAAUUUGUUAUAUUCUAAGGGAAUUCAAUAAAUCGCAAGUAGACUGUUCAAUUUGUUUUAAGGAAGAUUUUCAUCUGACCAGGCUUCAUUAGUUCAUGCUCAUAGACUUAGAUUGGUCAGACUAGGAGCAUGAACUGAUGAAGCCUGCUAGGAUGAGAGGCAAAAUGUCUUCCAAGACAUAUUGAACAGUCCACUUGUGAUCAGUUGAAUGCCCUGAGAAUACAAUGACUUAGAUUAAUUAGAACAUCCAUAGACAAUUUGUUGUUGCUAUGAUGUCACAUGAUCAAUGUAGCUGUUCUAAACUAUAACCCUUCCCGUGAUGAAAACAUAGGCCAUAUAACACUUUAAACUGUCCAAACUGUACCGUGGUGAGCUGAGCUGUACCGCUUGGUGUAUAACAUUGUGGCAGACGCAGAGCAAAAAGUAAACCGUUAAUCUGUGCGGACGUAGUGUCAGAGGGUCUUGUCUGUGAUCUUAUUUUCAUGUAUAUGGUGUGAGACCAUCCGUUCUGAUACUUGAAUUUUACCUUAUGUGAAAUGCUGCUGGACUUGCUGUGCCUCAUUUGUCCCGGUUAAGUAAUUGCGAGAAACAAAGUGUUGUUUACAAAAAAAAACUACACGUCAUUAACAUUCUGUGUAUGAACUGUCUGGCAGCAGCACAGACUUGCGAUAGUGUACGGAUGUGGAUCCAAGCAAAAACUGAACACUGACCUUCAUAUAAGAUGGCUUUAAUCAUGACAUAAUAAAAUAUGAACAAUGACACGUAGACUAUUUCA